AUGGAUGCCCCUCGAAGCAAAACCGUGUGGAUUUGUUUCCUUGCGCUCUCGCUCCUGUUGUACAGAACUCCAGCUGAAGACUCGUGCGACAGCGCUCUGGUGUCCAACCUGCCGCCUUCGGCCUUCAGAAGCUCCUCCCAGCUCUCGGAUAGUCACGCUCCAGUCUUUGCCAAGCUCAACAGACGAGAUGGAGCAGGAGGUUGGUCUCCGUUGACCUCCGACUCAUCUCAGUGGUUGGAGGUUGACCUCGGGGAACGGACCACCAUCACGGCGGUGUCCACGCAGGGACGCUACGGCAGCUCUGAUUGGCUGACCUCUUACAUGCUCAUGUUCAGUGACACCGGUCACAACUGGAGGCAGCACCGGCUGGAGGACAGCAUCGGUUCUUUUUCAGGUAACAUCAACGCGGACAGUGUGGUCCAGCACAAGCUGCAGCGGUCGGCCAUCGCUCGCUUCCUGCGUCUGCUUCCCGUGGGUCGGAACCCCGAUGGACGCAUCGGACUGCGGCUGGAGGUCUACGGCUGCCCUUACACUUCUGACGUGAUGUCGUUGGAUGGCGAGGGCAGCAUUGUGGCGUACUGGUGGAGCGGCGUGUCAAGGAGCUCAUCCAGUGAAGAGGAGAAGGAUAAUGAGGAGGGGGUCUCGCUGAAGUUCAAGAGCCUGAAGAAUUGUGGUACGCUGCUGCAUGCUAAAGGAGCCUCGGGACUCGGACUCAGUGUGGAGCUGAAGGCGGGAAAAGUCAUCAUGGUGACCACAGGAGAACAGCAACAAGCAUGGACUUCCAGUCCCAGGCGUCUAUAUGUGGCUUCGUUGGGCAGCCUCUUGGAUGACCAACAGUGGCACCUGCUGGCUAUAGAAUGUCACGCUGGUCGGUGCAACCUCACCGUGGACCAGCACAGGGAGACAGUGGACCUGCCGCCUAGUUUCCACCACUGGCGCAUUCAGCAGCUGAACGUGGGCGGACUUCCCGGUAUUCCCGACAGUUGGUUCCGAGGCUGCCUUGAGAAUUUGGCGUACAACCAGCAUAACCUGAUCGCGAUGGCCAGACGUGGCGACCGCCGAGCCACUGUGAUGGGCAAUGUCACCUUCACGUGUGCCCAGCAGACUCUGGCUGUGGCUGCCACCUUCCCCGGGCCCCAAGGCUUCCUCCAGUUGCCAGGAGCAAGGGUGGCAGACUCGGCACCCGCUGCAGGAGUGUCCGUGGGGUUUCAGUUCCGCACGUGGAACCGGGAGGGCCUCCUGUUCACCUUCCAGCUUCCUCGGCUGGGUGUCGUCAUCUGGGUGUACCUGAGCGACAGCCGGCUCAGGCUGCGGGUACAGAAGGCUGGCAAGGUGGUGCUGGAGCUCAAGGCAGGUUCUGGUCUGGACGACGGUCAGUGGCAUUCGGUGGAUUUGAAGUCCAGACAAGGACACCUGAGCGUCAGCGUGGACAAAGAUGACACGGCUCAAUCCAGCCCUUCCUUCACCGUCGCGAUGGAGAAGGACCUCUUCUUCGGUGGAUGUCCUGUGGAGGAUGAGAGGAGGGAGGACUGCAGGAACCCUUUUACCGCUUUCCAGGGUUGCCUCCGCCAACUGACUGUGGACCAGCAACAAGUAGACCUCAUCUUGGUGCAGCAAAGGAUGCUGGGAAACUACAGUGGCCUCCUGAUUGACACCUGUGGGAUCAUUGACAGGUGUUCUCCGAGUCGCUGCGAGCACGGCGGGCGCUGCACUCAAUCCUGGACGCACUUCCACUGCAACUGCAGCGACAGCGGCUAUGGUGGCGCCACCUGCCACAGCUCGGUGUAUGAACAAUCCUGCGAGGCAUACAAACACAAUGGCAACACAUCGGGAUAUUUCUAUAUUGACGUGGAUGGCAGCGGACCCAUCAAACCUCAACUGGUUUACUGCAACAUGACAGAGGAGAACACCUGGAUGGAGAUCCGACACAACAACACCGAGCUGACCACAGUGAAUCCAUCAAGCGGUGACCAUCAGUACCUGGUUCAGCUGGACUAUUCUGCCAGCGAGGAGCAGCUGUUGGCCGUUAUCAGCCAAUCAGAUCACUGCGAACAGGAAAUGGCCUACCAUUGCAGGAAGUCCCGCCUCCUCGACACUCCGGAUGGGUCCCCCUUGAGCUGGUGGAUCGGCGGCGCUGUCCCGGGUGGACGUCAGAAUUAUUGGGCCGGAGCUCAGCCGGGCAGCCGGCAGUGUGCUUGCGGCCUGCAGGGAGACUGCUUGGAUCCCAAACGCUACUGCAACUGCGAUGCUGACAGCGCAGAAUGGGCUGAGGACACAGGCCUGCUGAUCCACAAGGAGAGCCUCCCUGUUCGCUCCCUGAUACUAGGCGACGUGAGGCGGACCGGCUCAGAGGCUGCCUACCGGGUGGGGCCACUGCGUUGCCAUGGCGACAAGAAUUUCUGGAACGCAGCCUUCUUUGCCACAGAGACGUCCUACCUCCACUUCCCGACGUUCCACAGCAAACUGAGUGCCGACAUCUCCUUCCUGUUCAAGACCGGUGCUCCCUCCGGGGUCUUCUUGGAGAACCUGGGCAUCAGGGACUUCAUACGCAUUGAGCUUAGCUCUCCCACCCGCGUUCUGUUCUCCUUCGAUGUGGGUAACGGUCCUCUGGAGGUUGACGUGAACUCCAGCUCCCCGCUGAACGACGAGCGCUGGCAUCGGGUUCGCGUGGAGCGCAACGUGAAAGAAGCCACCCUGCGUUUGGACGCCAUGCCCACUGCGAGUCGCCAGGCGCCCACUAAUGGACACGUCCACCUGCAGCUCAACAGCCAGCUCUUCAUUGGGGGUACAGCAUCUCGCCAGAAAGGUUUUCGCGGUUGCAUCCGCUCCCUGCAACUCAACGGCGCCACCCUAGACCUGGAGGAGAGGGCACGCAUCACACCCGGCGUCCGACCUGGCUGCCCGGGUCACUGCGAUACCUACGGAGUGCUAUGCCAGAACCACGGUCGCUGCAUGGAGAGGGACAACGGGUUCCACUGCGACUGCAAUGAGUCGGCUUACGACGGAGUCUUCUGUCAGACAGAUGUGUCGGCCAUCUUCAAGCCGACAACAUCCAUCCGCUACGCCUUCCAGAUGGAAGCCACCGAGCGGAGCGGCGGCAACGCCAUUGCGAAGCCACCCUCGUCUUCCUCCAUCUUGUCCGACGUGAGCCUGAGAGCUGAGAAUGUGUCGCUGAGCUUCCAAACCAGCCGGAGUCCUGCACUGCUGCUCUAUGUAUCUUCGUACCAACGAGAGUACCUGGCACUGCUCAUCAACAAGCAUGAUAAGCUGGAAGUCCGCUACAAGCUCCACAGCAGCAAGGAAGCUGAAGUGUUGAGGAGUCAAGCCAAGGGUUUGGCUGACGGUCGUUUGCAUACGGUGGUCGUCAGUAGAGUGAUGGAUGCUGUGUCUCUGCAGGUUGACCAAAGUACCGGAGAAGUCUUCAACUUGUCAUCAGAUGGCGAAUUCGGCGGCAUCAGGUCACUUUUGCUGGGCAAAGUGCAAGAGUCCGACGAUGUGGAUCCUGAUCUAGCGAGCUUGUCCACACUGGGAUUCAGUGGCUGUCUGGCGGGGGUUCGCUUCAAUUCCAUCAGCCCCCUCAAGGAGGCGCUGCUCCGGCCGCACGAUGGAGGAGUGGACGUGAUCGGGCCGCUGGUGCGCUCUAACUGUGGCUCACCUGGGGCGUCCAAUGGCGACAUCACGCACAACACGCCACACCUGUCAGACCCGUCCGGUUCUGGCCAGCCUUUAGUCAAUGCCAUGCGGACAGACUCUGCACUCAUUGGAGGCUUGAUCGCGGUGAUUAUCUUCGUGACGUUGGCCGGCCUGGCUGUGGUCGCCAAAUUCGUGUACCGGCGGAAGGAAACAUACCAGAACCAGGAAGUGAAAGGCAGCCAGCAGGAUGCAAGCCAAGACUUAGCCUUCGAAUGCCAGACGGACUCCCACAAUGCUUUGGGGCAGAGCCCAAAGGAGUAUUUCAUCUGAGAGCGAGGGAAGCCCGUCGGAUGUGCUUGGUCACACGUAUAAAUAGUUGUACAUGUGUAAAUAUUCAACAAUGUCAACAGUGGCUGUGUGUCUUUGUACAAUUUUCUGGACAAUUUUGAAAUGAUCUUUCAGUUUUUCAAAUGGAGAAUGCUGACAAAACAUCACGAGCCAGAAGAGUCCAGCAUGUCCACAAGUUACAUGGGUAUCGCAGGGUUAAGGUACGUGCCAAAGCGACCGCUUGCAGGUUGGGUUAGGUUCGGUUCGGCCAUUUUAAGGCCAUUUUAAAGCCAUUUUAGUCAAUCAAACCCGAAAAAAGUCGCAUGGAAAACGUAGAAAUGGAUGAAGGAUCUGGAUAAAGGUGCGCAAGUAGAAAUGUAUUUUCUCGAUUAUGGUGAUGAAUAGCAACGAUACCGCUAGAAAAAAAAUGCCAACGCUUUAAUAAAAUGCACAUUUCAGCCUGGGGGUGUCCGCGAUUAGUCUUAAAUGUGAGCUUUUUCACAAAACUUAUUUUUGCUCGAGAUCAAAUGUCAGAUCGUGUCAUCUGUGGAAAAGAGAAUCUGUAUAAAGCCCCACGUAUACAAAUGUACAAUAACAAUACGAUGCAGUAUUGUAUAAGCAUUUAUUUUUACUCUUGGUGAGUUUUCUCACUUCAAAUUUUUCUUUUAAACUGCUACCAAAUGUCAGCUCAUGUUGUACUCUGUGUGGAAAAGACAAUCACAGCCAUGUUGUGUGGGAGAAAAUGCGAUUUUCACAUAUCAGCUGGUAGUGAAUUAAAAUCAGUUGACCCAAAUCCAACACGGAAUGUGAUCUUUACAAAACAGUAAAAAAAAAAAAAAAAAAAAAAAAAACGCAUCAAGCCACCUUUCAAACACCACCUUCAGUUUUUGAACAAUUGUCCGUUGGCUUUAUGUCAGGAUCUCAAUGAAGGUGCACAUACAGAAAUUGAUUUGAUCCUUGAGUCCACAAAAUAGAAAGUGCUGAGAACAGAAAAUUAAAAAAAAAAAAUAUUCGGGGUUUAUAUGCUAUUAUUUUAUGAAACAGGGGAGUUUUUUUUCAAAAACCUUCUUGUGAGUGAAAUCCAAAUGAAAUGAGUGAAAAACAGCAGUGGCAUCAAAGAAAGAUCAAAUUACGAUCCGAAUGCUGCGUUGCAGUCGUCACCAACACUGACAUCUAGAGGGGUGGCAGAAUCAUUUGUAUUUUUGUAUUAGUAUGUAUUAAAGUGUGCAUACAGGAACGUAUUCGAGGUGUUCAAACACAAAAGCCGACAACUGCCGUGGAGACAAAAACACAGCCACGCCUUCAAGCAGACUCUUUCUCAUGGCAUUGUUCUAUGUUGUAUUUCUUCACACUGCAAAACCAGACG